AUGGCGUCCAACAAACUUUUCGAGUCUCCUGCACACCAGUUAUUUCGGCGCUGCGUCCAAUGCCCCCCUGAUCCUCCAAGCUGCCCGGCAUGCAGCGUGGAUGAGACGUGCUCCUUGACUGCUCAAUCAUGCGACUCCUGCGCAUCCACGACGUGCGUGAAAAUUGGAUCUCUGCCCGGACAAUCGGCGCCCAAAAAGUCCACACCGGUUGGUGGUAUCAUCGGAGGUGUUGUGGGUGGUGUUCUCCUCCUGGCUGCCAUCGUUUAUUUGGUCUACCGGUUUCGAAUGCGUAAGAAACGGCGAGCUAUUGCUUGGGAUCCUCCGGAAAAGAGAGACCAAUCCACCCUUCACCGCGCCGACCGUCAGUCCACCAGAUCUGCCCAUUCGAUAGCCUCCACGGUGUUUACGCGAGCCUCAAAUGUCAUUCAGAUCGCCUACAUUCCAGGGGUGACCGUCCGGUCACCCCCAGACUCACCAGGAUUGAUGAUUCCGCCUGUACCCUCGAUUCCUGGUGGGAUUGCUUCCCACUCUUCCACCUCAUCACCCCAGCUGGAGCAGCAUUUCUUCAUGCCGAAGGACCUGAGAGAUUCUACCUGGUCAGAUACUUCCUCUAUUGACCCGAGAAUCAGUCUUGCGCCUAGUCUGGCUCGCAAUAGCGUGGCGACAACCAUUUACCGAAGUGAUGCUAUUGUCCCACCAAUACCAGCUCAGCAGGCCUUCCGAGCACAAGCCAAUGUUGUGAGUGUCAAAUCCGGCUCAAACACGCCAGGAACAUCCUCAACACCAAGCACGAGAACUCCACAAAUUCCACAGAUGCCCAAAAUGGGAAGCAGUAACAGCUCCAUUGUCGCGAGAAAUGUAACUGCACGGCCUAUUGAGGUCAAGAAAGCCAACCCGGCGGCUAGAGUCCCUACUUUCGCAAAUCUUGCUAAAGAAGCUGCUCGAAAGAGCAGUACUGCAGCAAGCUCCAAGGAGAGCAUUCCGUUUUUCGUGGACGAAAAGGAAGUUGUGGCUUCUCCAGCCACCACAACUCCCAUUACCGUCCUAGAUGACUCACCGAUCUCACCUCUCGCAAUACCGAGGCAGCCCUUUGCCGCAAAUCACUCAGCAAGGUCGUCAUCCGUGAGCGCUAUUCUUUCUCUGGACGGCUCUAAAGAAGGCUCUUCGAGUGGGCCAACACACCGUCACACUGGUAGCGCCACGCUGAGUGCUGUGAUUGAGGAUGCUAUCAACCGGGCCCGGAAUCCUGAGCACAUGAACGUCAACAGUCCGACCUUGCGGCCAGAGCUGGUCAAACAUGAUUCUGGGCCAUUCUCGGAUGCCAAUGAAGUGAAAGAGAAUUUGCCUUGA